AUGAAUGCUCCGCGCAUGGCUCUGCCCAGGGCUUCUGUAGCUCUGCUCUCACGCCUCACCACCGCCACAACGUCUUCGGCGCGACCUUGCCAGCAGAUACUACGCCAGUUCUCUCAGACACAACCAUGGGCCGCCACAUCAGAGAAACUCCAAACGAGUUCUUCUUUCCAGUCUUACCCACUGCCCUCGCGGCCGCCGUCGGCACCACGUAACGAACCGAUACCCGAGACCUCGAUAGCAAGUCCCAUGCCAGAAGUCCACGAGACGAGACCACCUGCACAACCAACGGCGGCAUCAUCACCUAGCACGGUGGUCUCAGAGCAAGAGGCGCAGAAGCCCAAACCCGCGCCUCCCAAGCGAAAGCUGCGCCCACGCAAGGCCGCCAUGAAGCUCACCUCAGCAGCUGUCGAACAGAUGCGAAGUCUUCUGGAUCAGCCGGAACCCAAGUUGAUAAAGGUCGGCGUACGCAAUAGGGGUUGCAGUGGCCUGGCCUAUCACCUGGAGUACGUGGACAAGCCUGGCAAAUUCGAUGAGGAGGUGGAACAAGAUGGUGUCAAGGUGCUCAUCGACAGCAAGGCGUUGUUCAGCAUCAUUGGCAGCGAGAUGGAUUGGGUUGAGGACAAACUGAACCAGCGGUUUGUAUUUCGGAAUCCGAAUAUAAAGGAGGAAUGCGGCUGUGGCGAAUCAUUCAUGGUGUGA